UCGGGCGCAGCCGGCGGCGGCAGCGGCGGCCGGGCAUGGGGCCUCCGGGCGGUCGCGGCAGCACCACCGCCCGUGGCAAUCUGCAGCACUUGCUCCUUUUUCUGCUCUUCCUUGGACCAUUCAACUGCUUUGCCAGUUACAGCCGUGCCACCGAGCUCUUCUACAGCCUCAACGAGGGGCUGCCUGCUGGAGUGCUCAUCGGCAGCUUGGCCCGUGACCUGCGGUUGCCAGCAGCUUUUGGGCAACACCCUGCAGCCACCCAGCCCCCUCUUUCCUUCACUCUGGCCUCCCGUGGCUUGGGGGGACAGUAUGUGCAGCUGGACAAUCACUCUGGGGAUCUGCACACCUCGGCUGUGGAGAUUGACCGGGAAGCUCUGUGCGUAGAGAGCAGUGAGGCCACCAUCAUCGGGGCAGAAGCUGCAGUCUCCUCUUCCUCACCCUCAUCUGAGUCAUGCCUGCUGCUGCUGGAUGUGCUGGUGCUACCACAGGAGUAUUUCCGCCUGGUGAAGGUAAAAAUUGCUAUCCGGGAUGUCAACGACAAUGCACCCCACUUCCCUGUGCCCCACAUCUGCCUCUCGGUGCCUGAGAAUUCACCUGUGAACACCCGCCUGGCUAUUGAGCACCCUGCCCUUGACCCUGAUGUGGGAACCAACAGUGUUCAGACCUACCGUCUACGAGAGAACUAUGGUGUCUUCACCCUGGAUGUGGAGGAGAAUGAGAGUGGAGAAAGGACUCCCUACCUGAUUGUUAUGGGAUCUCUGGACAGAGAGACACAGGAGGAGUAUGUCACAGUCAUUGUUGCUGAGGAUGGAGGAACUCCUCCACUCAUGGGCAGUGCAACCCUCACUAUUGGCAUCAGUGACAUCAAUGACAACUGCCCCCAGUUCAACGACUCUCAGCUCAAUAUCACCCUUUACGGAAAUUCCAGUCUAGGAUCACAAGUGGCCACUGUCUGUGCGGUAGACUUGGACCUCGGAUCCAAUGCUCAGAUCACCUACUCCUACAGCCAGAAGGUCUCCCAGCCAUCCAGAGAAUUGUUCCAUCUGGAUGAAAACACAGGAGCCAUCACACUCUCCAGUAAAAUUGAUGGGGACACUCCAAGGCACCACAGGCUGAUCAUACUGGGCAAUGGUCCAGGUUGUAUCCCAGCUGUGAUCACAGUGCUAGUGACCAUCAUCAAAGUCAUGAUGAGACCACCUGAAGUUGUCCCUCGUUUCAUAGCUAAUGAAGUGGAAGGGGUGGUGUACUUAAAGGAACUGGAGCCCAUCAACACACCAAUAGCAUUUUUUACCAUCAAAGACCCUGAUGAAAAAUACAAAGUGAACUGCUAUUUGGAUGGUGAUGGGCCUUUCAGACUUUCACCAUACAAGCCAUACAAUAAUGAAUACCUUUUAGAGACCACAAAGCCUUUGGACUAUGAGACACAGCAGCUAUAUGAGAUCUCCGUAGUUGCGUGGAACUCCGAAGGGUUUCAUGUCAACAAAAUAAUCAAAGUACAGAUUCUGGAUGACAACGACAACUCACCAGUUUUCUCUCAACAGCUGAUAGAGUUAUCCAUCGAGGAGAACAAUGUUCCCAAUGCUUUCCUCACCAAACUGCAUGCUACUGAUGCUGACAGUGGAGAAAGGGGACGGGUGUCCUAUUUCUUAGGUCCAGAUGCCCCUUCCUAUUUUGCUUUAGAUAAAACCACAGGAGUUCUUACAGUUUCCACCCAAUUGGACCGAGAAGAAAAAGAGAAAUACAGAUAUACCGUCAAAGCAGUAGAUUCUGGGUUCCCUCCAAGAGAAUCAAUAGCAACUGUCACCAUCACUGUGUUGGAUAAAAAUGAUAAUAGCCCAAGAUUUAUCAAUAAGGAUUUCAGCUUUUUUGUGCCAGAAAACUUCCCAGGUUUUGGUGAAAUUGGAGUUAUAAGCGUCACAGAUGCUGAUGCAGGACAGAAUGGAUGGGUUGCCCUUUCAGUUCUGAAUGGAAGUGAUAUUUUUGUCAUAGAUACUGGUAAAGGAGUUUUAAGAGCAAAAGUCUCCCUGGACAGGGAGCAGCAAAGUUCCUAUGUUCUGUGGAUUGAAGCAGUUGAUGGUGGUGAUCCUGCUUUGUCUUCAACAGCAAAAAUAACUAUUCUUCUUCUGGACAUAAAUGACAACCCCCCCUUAGUCUUGUUUCCUCAGUCUAAUAUGUCUUAUUUGUUGGUCCUUCCAUCCACCCUUCCUGGCUCUCCCAUCACUGAGGUCUACGCUGUUGAUAAGGACACUGGCAUGAAUGCAGUCAUAGCUUACAGCAUAAUAGGAAGAAGAGGCCCUCGACCAGAGUCAUUUAGCAUCGACCCUAAAACUGGUAAUAUCACCUUGGAAGAGUCGCUGAUGCAAAAUGAUUAUGGCCUCUAUCGGCUGCUGGUAAAAGUCAGUGAUCACGGCUAUCCAGAACCUCUCCAUUCCACUGUCAUGGUGAACCUUUUUGUCAAUGACACUGUUAGCAAUGAGAGCUACAUUGAAAGUUUGUUAAGAAGGGAGCCUGAUAUCAGUAUAGAAGAAAAGCAGCCACAAAUAUCUAUAGAGCCCACACAUAAAAAAAUAGAGCCAGCAUCCUGCAUGCCUACCUUGAUAGCUCUCUCAGUAAUAAGCUUGGGUUCAAUUGCAUUAGUGACAGGGAUGGGCAUUUACAUCUGUCUGAGAAAAGGGAAAAAGCAUCACAGAGCUGAUGAAAACUUGGAAGUACAAAUCCCAUUAAAUGGAAGAAUUAACCUGCACAUGUUGGAAAAGAAACCAGUGGAGAUUUCUAACAUUUGACAUUUCUCUAUGCGUAAAUCCAGCACCUGAAAAACCUUGGACAACUCCAAAACACCUGGCCUUGGGUUGCAUUGACAGCGGUUGCAAUGAUGGGCCAAUAAUUUAUAACUUAAUAAUAUUGUAAGUGUAAAUAGCUGUUUACAGUUUUUUAAAUUCCAAUUCAAUGUACAGCUUUUUUAUGAAACCUUAGUAACUAACAGCUAGCACCCUGACUAUAAAAAUGUGGACAUCAUUUACAGCUUUCAUAAAUCAGUAAGACCAGUGAUCAUAAGGGGAAGGUAAGACGAUUCUUAAAACUCGAGUUUUAAAUGUGUUUUUAACCACAAGAGGGCAUCAAAAGCUCCUGAGCAGGGAACUGUUCGAGGUACUGUCCAUGUGAUAAAGAGAGUAUAUUUUAAAUAUAUUGGUUUUAAUAUAAAACACACAUUGGCAAGCAGACAUUUACACACACACACAAAAAAAAAGGAAAGAAGAAAAUGUCUGUCCCGAUGUAUGUAUAAUUAAAAAAAUAAAAACAUUAAAAUGCACUAGUAAUAAUAAUUUAAAAAAAAAAAAAGAAAAAUAGAAUGUUUAUUACCUCACAAGUAAAGCUUAUACAGUAGGAUAGAAGAGGCAUUAACAAGAAGUGCAAUUCCUGUUGAGCAAGAAUGCAAGAUAUUGUAAUGAGAAUCUGAACUGCUGUGACAUAUCAUCUUUCAUUUACUCCUGAUUUCACCCACAUUAGCAUUGCUCCAGCAAUCUGCUGAUCAUUUUUAUGGAAAAAAUAUAUUUAAUGUUUCCUACAGCAAAUAAUGACAGAAACCCAUACCCAUCCUCAUAAACAUACCAGGUGCAAGGAAGCAAGGGAAUGGCUAAAUCCUUAGUUAUCACAGAAGCGGUGAUAAUUUUUUGUACUUUCAGCAGUCUGUCAGUAGUAUUCUGGUUGUGUAAUAGUUCUUACCAUGUGAUACUUCUGAAUCCGAUCUGCCAGAUGAAAACAAAAAUCACUUCAUGUUCUAAGGAAUUGUAGGACUUAGUUUAUUCUGACUGUUGCUCCUUUCUGGAUUGGUAUUUCACGUGAAAGAUCUUGUUUCUGACUUUUGGCAAACAUUCCUGGCAACCAUUCCUGGCUUUGAUUUUGGAUUAGAUCCAAAAUCUAACUUGUAAGACUGGUGGCAUAUUUUAUUGAUAAUUUAUUCUUUGCUGCAUCCUCUGCAACAAAACAGCAGGUUAAUUGGUGAUGUAUCACUCUCACUUCAUUUUAAGAGCUGAGAACUAUAUUUUGUAUGUUGACUAUAUCAGUUUUAUCUGUGUGAAAAAGAUAAAUUAGUGUUAUGCUUAAAACUGAUUAUUUUGAUUUCUGGCAUCAUAUGUCUGUAAUGUACCAAAAGUGUUUAUAUGUCUGCAAAUUAAAGCUAUAUAUUUUCAUAAUAACUUAUUCUUUGUCUCUUUCCUCAAAUUUUAACCAUAAAGGUAGAUGUUAUUUUAGUUACAAGAAAUGUGUAUUUCACAAAUGCCUGCGUGAUGGCUGUCUUGUUUGAUAUGUCAUAAUACUUCCUCAAAUUAAUACACUUCAAAAUCAGAAAUAAGACUUUAUUAUGUACUUUGUGAAAUUACUAGCAAAGCCGGUUGUAUUUCAGCUGAUGUAAGUGGGGCAGCAGCUGCUAACCUGUUUUAAAAGUAAGGAAUGCAAUUUCUGAGGCAGUUUUUCAUUUUUCCCUCUGUGACUGGCACAUUACUUCACCUUGAGCCUAUUGAAAUGUUUGAGCUUUUUACAGACAGUGGUUCUGCAUAGUGUAAGUAAAAGUAUUCACAUAAUGCCUGUAUUUUGGUAUUCUACCUAUAAAAAGCUAGCUAUUUUUUCUCCAGGUUAGAGUAUUUCCUGUUUAUGCACUAUUUGUUAGCUGUGUUUCAUGAAAAAUUAAUUCAGCCUGUCAGAGAUGUGUGGUUAAUCACCUUUUUCACCCCCCAUUUAUUUUCAUAUUAUUAAAAUAUAAAAAUUGUAUGGAUGCCUGAAACACAUUUGUCACGUUAUCUCUGAAGAAAAAUUACAUUAAUUCUUUGAAAAUUA